AUGCGCAGCCAACUAAUUCUGGACAGAACUAGUUGCUGCGGAGGGACGACGUCGGCAUCACGGUACGCGCUGGCAUCGUUCCGGAAGCUGCCGGAGGACGUGAAGGACAGCGAGUUCAUCCUCGGCCACUACCUGCGCCAGCUGGCCGCUUGCCAAGGCCGCCUUCAGCUUGUUCCGCAUUUGAUUGGGUUUCUGGUGUUUCUGAUAUUGACGGUGGCCAAUUUUGUGGACGUGCCUCAGGUGGCGGAUCUUCUCGGCCUCUUCUCAAGGUCAAACUCUACUCGUGCAGGAACUAAUAUAUCUUACUCAAAGGAAUUGCUUUUGGGCACAAAUUCUUUGGUGAACUUGAAUCAGAUAACAGAAGAAGAAAUGAAGGUUGGUUCACUCCAAGCGGCGGUGACACGGUGGCCAUUCUUCAUCUUCUUAGGCGGAUCCAUGUUCUGCCUCCUCUCGAGCAGCAUUUGCCACCUUUUCUCAUGCCACUCACACUGCUUGAACAUCCAGCUGCUGCGGAUGGACUAUGUGGGUAUCACGGUCAUGAUCAUCACCUCAUUUUCCCCCCCAAUCUACUACAUUUUCCAGUGCGAGCCCCAUUGGCAACUGAUCUACCUUGGUGGAAUAACGGCGAUGGGGAUGUUCACUGUCAUGACACUGCUAACCCCUUCUCUUUCUUCUGGGAAAUUCCGGGCAUUUCGAGCAAUGCUCUUCUCGUCCAUGGCGUUUUUCGGUAUCAUACCUGCAAUCCAUGGCUGCAUUGUGAAUUGGAGCAAUCCCCAACGCUCCAUCACGCUUGCUUAUGAGUUGGCCAUGGCGCUAUCUUACAUUACAGGAACUUUGUUUUAUGUUAGCAGGAUUCCUGAGAGGCUAAAACCGGGUUGGUUCGACCUUGCUGGUCACAGCCAUCAGAUAUUUCACGUCUUUGUGAUCAUGGGUGCCUUGGCUCAUUAUGGCGCUACUCUGUUGCUCUUACAGUGGCGAGAUAGAGUUGGGUGCAAUGGAACUGUGUAACGAUACUAGAAUUUGUCAAAAUUCGAUUCAUUUCGAUUGAAGAGAGUGUGAGCUAUUAUUUGCUGGGGGUUCGUGAUAUUACGUUGUUACUGUGUGUACACCCCAAAGCAAGAAGCCUCAAGGAGAGUUGGCGCUCCAUGACAGAGGAGAUGCCUCCAUUUAUAAAGAAGUGGAAUGCUCAUUAUAUUUGUUAUA